UGACAAAUGCAGGCAAAUGUGUUGGUUAAAUAUACGUACACAAAAUACUGUCAUUACAUUGAAAAAAAAAAAAGAAAAAGUAGGAGAUAUAACAGUAAAAAUAUCCACGAUAUCCACACACAAUUUUAGUAUCACAUCAUUACUCUGCGUCAAAAUAAUCGUGCCGGUUGUGUUGUCUACAUUGCUCCAAAUAAUAUUUGAUUAAUUAAUUUAACUAAUCAAUAUGGUUGCAAUUAAAGGAAGAAAAACAACAAAUAAAAAUCCUCCAAUAUUAAGCCAUGAAUUUGUCAUUCAAAAUCAUGCUGAUAUUGUUUCAUGUGUUGCAAUGGUAUUCGUUGUUGGUCUGAUGAUCCAGAUAACAUCACCAUUUGCAUAUACAUUCAUUGCACUUCAACACAAUGCAACUGAUAAUACUGAAACAAAUGGACCAUGGCAACCAUUAAAAUACACAACUGGAUGGAAAGACAAUUGUGCAAUAUUUUUUUAUUUUUUAAUAACAAUUGUAAUGCAUGCUGUUGUACAAGAAUAUGUACUUGAUAAAUUAUCGAAACGUUUACAUUUAAGUAAAAUUAAAUUAUCAAAAUUCAAUGAAUCAAGUCAACUUUUGGUAUUUUAUAUUAUAUCAGCAUUAUGGGGUAUUGAUAUUAUCAUGAGAGAUAAUCUUCUUAUUGAUAUACCAUCAUUAUGGAACAGUUAUCCAAUGUUAAUGUCAUUUUCAAUGAAACUUUACUUCAUUGGACAAAUUGCAUACUGGUUACACAAUUAUCCAGAACUUUAUUUUCAACGUAUUAAACGUGAAAAUAUGAGUUUUAUGAUUUUAUUAUCAACUGUUGGAUUUUUAUUUACAACUGCUGGAUAUAUUUUUAACUUUCAACAAAUCACUGUUAUUUUGUUGGUACUACAUUUUAUUGGUGAUGCUUUGCAACAUGGAGCUAGACUUGUACACAUUGUUUAUCGUCAAGAACAAACUACCAAGACUGCAUUCUUCAUGGCAAACAGUGCUUAUAUUGCUGUUCGUGUAUUGACAUUGAUUAUUGCUGCUGUGUAUUAUGUUUAUGGAUUGAGCCAAAUAUCAGAUAAUCUUGAUUAUGAAAUUGGUGUAUUUAAUCAUCCAGCUGUUAGAUUUUCAGCAUUUGGUCUUGUUGCUUUGUUGCAAGCUUAUCUUGUUUAUAAAUUUGUUAAACGUCAACGUCAACGUGCCAAGGAAGCACGUGGUACCAUUGUUACUAAAGUUAAAUCAAAGAAUUUAAGAGUAAACAGAAAAAAAGAUAAAAAAGCUGCAUCUGAAGAUGAUGAUUUACCAGAAGUUGAUCAAGCUACUCAGAAAAAUUUACGAUCAAGAACAUCUGUUAAAGCUAAAUAAUUCAUACAGCUAAUUUAUUUAUUUUCUUUUUUUUCUUUUUUUUUUUUACAAGGCUGAUUUCAU